ACUAGGAGCCUUCUAAAAUAAAAAAAGAUUUUUUUUUUAAAAAAAUAUGGCCGUUGGAGGCCCGAACCGGGCCCGCCCCCGCCGGGCCGGUUCACUAAAAUGGAGGCCCGGGCCCGGACCGCUAUACCACCGGGCCGGGUGGCCCGAACCGGCUAAGAACCGGUUGACCGGGCCGGUCCGGGGGGCCUAGAGGUGCCCUCAUGGAUACCGUCCGGUCAGUGUUAGGGGGCCCUCAGGGAUGGGGUCAUCUUCUUCUUCUUCUUCUUCUUUUUUUUUUUUUUUUUUUUUUGUUUGCCUAAACCACAUUAAAACCCCUACGGACAUUCACGCCCGCCCGCCUAUUCGUAGCUCUGCUGCCCGAAAGACAAAGGUAGACGAACGAACCCCAGUCUGUCACUCUCUAUUCUCAGCUCAUAUUCGAAUCGACACUCCUCGCCCAUCUUCUGAGCUGCCAUCUCCAGGCGAAGGUUGAAGCUCUGCUCAAAAGACGAAGCCCUGAAGAACGAUUCUGCCCUCUGCAAUCUGCAUUUAGUUGAUGUCAUAUGUUGUUAACUGUGACCCAGAAAGUCCGGGCAAUAAACUUCUUUAGAAACAGCUAGCUUAGAGACUGCACAGAAAAUUUGGUUGCUUUGGUGUGCAAAAGGUGUAGGUCUCCUGUUCUACAUAUUUUUAUUUGAGUCUGGUUGAGCACAUGGGAGAACAUGGUAUUUUAUGUUAUAUCACUGUGCCUACUAUAAUCAUGUAAUGGUUUAGGAGUAGUGUGAUGUCAGGAACAGAUUUCCUUCUCAUUCGACGUGCCAUUCAAAUUUGGGCAUGCUUAGUGAGAUGGAGGAAGGAGUUCAGCUGUUACAUGCCAUGUUGUUCUGAGAGAUGAGGAAAGGUUUGAGGAUGUAGGGAUUUGUCUGGAAAGAAAUCAAGUGAUCUGCUGCAUGCAUCAAUGAGAAAGCUCGCCUCACUUGUUACAUUGGGAGAAGAUUGUAAAACCAUGAGCGGUGCAUUAUCUGCUUUAUCCAUACUUUAUGAAUCUUCUCACAUAAAACACACGCUGAGAGAAGAAAUAAGGCCGUUCGCUAGUGGAAUCUCACAGAGAAUUAAGGAAGAUCAUGUGGCAGCUCGCAUUGCCAGGGGAGCUAAGGCAGAAGUGAUUAGACAAGACAGAAGAUGUAAUGGCAGUUCCAAUAGAAGCCCUAGAAUAACUAAAAAUGAAAUGUCUGAUGUAGUUAGCAAGAUGUAUCGACUAAGAAGAGAUGAACCACAAUCACCAAUCCAACUAUUGCCAAAUGAUAUGCAGCCUAUUAAGUUAAUGGCAACCAAAACCAAAGAAAAGAAGACAGAGUUUUUUCUUAUGCAAGAUGAAGGCAUACCAUCUCUGGAAACGGGAAGCAACUUCGCAGGUUUUGCUGGUAAUGGUACUCUGAACCCAAAUCAGCUAGCAAACUCUACUGCCACAGAAAAGUGCAUUACCAAGGCAAAUCUUCGUGAGAGGCUGGGGUCCAUCUAUGAGAAAGUUUUCAUUGUCGACAACAUCUCACUGGCCAAGGAAGUAGUCAGUAAGCUUACAAAUGAGUACAGAGAUUUAAUCCAUGCAUGUGAUACUGAGGUGUCCAAGAUUAAUGUCAAGAAAGAGACACCAGUUGGUCAUGGAGAAAUCAUAUGCUUCAGUAUUUAUUCUGGACCAAUUGCUGAUUUUGGAAAGGGAAAAUCUUGUGUCUGGAUUGAUGUUCUUGAUGGCGGUGGGAAGGAUAUUUUAUUAGAAUUUGCCCCAUUUUUUGAAGAUCCGUCAAUUAGAAAGGUCUGGCACAACUAUAGCUUUGAUUGUCAUGUCAUAGAAAAUUACGGACUCAAAAUAUCCGGGUUUAAUGCCGAUACCGUGCACAUGGCUCGGCUGUGGGACUCCUCCAGACGAUUAAAGGGAGGAUAUUCUCUUGAGGCUCUUACAGGAAAAAAUUGAAGAAAGACGGGACUGAGGGUAAAGUUGACAUCAUUCCAUUAGUUGAAGAGUUGCAAAGAGCGGAUCGCAAAUUAUGGAUUUCUUACUCUGCCUUGGAUUCCAUAAGCACAUUCAUGCUUUAUGAAAGUUUGAAAACUAAGCUGUCUAAUCUGGUCUGGGUGUUUGAUGGAGUUUAUAAAGGGAACAUGCUUAACUUUUAUAAUAGAUACUGGCUUCCAUUUGGUGAGGUUUUAGUUCAGAUGGAAACCGAGGGCAUGCUUGUUGAUUGUGCUUAUCUGGCUGAGUUGCAGAAAGUGGCUCAAGCCGAGCAGGAGAUUGCUUCUCUAAGAUUUCGCAACUGGGCAUCUAAGUACUGCCCUGAUGCAAAAUACAUGAAUGUUGGAAGUGAUCAACAGCUGCGUCAGCUCUUCUUUGGCGGCGCUUUGAAUAAAAGGGACCCUAAUGAGAUUCUCGACAACAAGAAGGAUUUCAAAAUUCUCAACGCACUAAAUAUAAUAAAAGAAGGCAAGAAGGUUCCAUCAAAGUAUAAUAAGAUCACACUUUAUAAGAUUGGUGACCACAUUGAGGUUGAUGUGCACACUGCUAGUGGUUGGCCAUCUGUUAGCGGAGAUGCAUUAAAGGCUCUCGCCGGCAAAAUUUCUGCUGAUUUUCAAACCACUACUGGAUCAGAUUACAGUGAGGAAGACGGUUCUAUUUCAGACAAUGAUGAGCCUUAUGUGGUUAAUGAAGAAGCACCAUGUGAAGAAAUUUCGGGGUAUGGAACAGCUUAUAAAGCUUUUGGAGGUGGAAAAGAAGGAAUAGAGGCGUGUCAUGCCAUUGCCUCUUUAAUUCAAGUUUGCUCCAUCAACUCCCUGAUUUCGAACUUCAUCAUCCCUUUGCAGGGCGGGGAGAUAUCCGGAAGUAAUGGACGCAUCCAUUGUUCACUGAACUUAAAUACUGAAACUGGGCGUUUGUCAGCAAGGAGGCCAAAUUUGCAGAACCAGCCAGCUUUGGAAAAAGACAGGUAUAAAAUUCGUCAGGCAUUCAUCGCUGCACCUGGGAAUUCCUUAAUUGUGGCUGACUAUGGCCAGUUGGAACUUAGGAUUCUUGCACAUCUUGCAAAUUGUAAGAGUAUGUUAGCUGCCUUUGAAGCUGGUGGAGACUUCCAUUCAAGGACUGCUUUAAGCAUGUAUCCACACAUACGAGAAGCAAUUGAGCAAAAACAUGUUCUCCUUGAAUGGGACCCUCAGCCUGGUGAAGAUAUGCCACCAGUUCCAUUACUAAAGGAUGCGUUCGCCUCUGAAAGAAGGAAAGCAAAGAUGCUUAAUUUUUCUAUUGCUUAUGGAAAAACUACAGUGGGGCUUGCUCGGGAUUGGAAGGUAUCCCUGAAGGAAGCUAAGAAAACUGUUGAUAGAUGGUAUAGUAACAGGAAGGAAGUUUUAUCUUGGCAAGAGCAACGUAAAUCUGAAGCACAUCAAUUUGGAUGUGUUUACACACUGUUGGGACGUGCGCGCUGGUUCCCUUCCCUUGAAAAAGCAAAUUCCUUUUUAAAAGGUCACAUUGAACGAGCUGCCAUCAAUACUCCAGUCCAGGGAAGUGCUGCAGAUGUUGCAAUGUGUGCCAUGCUAGAAAUUUCAAAGAACCGACGACUAGAGGAGCUCGGAUGGAAAUUGCUUUUACAGGUUCACGAUGAAGUGAUUCUUGAAGGGCCAACAGAAUCAGCAGAGGAAGCCAAGGCUAUUGUAGUGGACUGUAUGUCCAAGCCGUUCCAUGGGAAGAAUAUACUUAGAGUUGGGCUGUCUGUUGAUGCCAAAUGUGCUAAAAACUGGUACUCUGCCAAAUAGUAUUCUCUAAUCUACAUCGCUUAUGUAAUUGUGAUUAUUAGCUUCUCAAGUUCAUGGUAUCUCUCCUUUAUACAUGACACACACACAAACUAAUUCUCCGUUGAACCUAUUUUCAAAAUUG